AUGUCCCAAGAUCCCUACACGCCACCCCCCCUCCCCAAACCCUUCACAAACACAACCCCACCACCAACCCUCCUCACCCAAGGCGCCGAAGCCCACCUCUACAAAACAAUCCACCUAAAUACCAACACGCCCGCAGCACUGAAAAUCCGACCCUCGAAACCCUACCGCCACCCCAUCCUCGACCGCCGAUUGACCCGCCAGCGCAUCCUCCAGGAAGCGCGGUGUCUGGUGAAGCUCGUUCGGGAGGGCGUUAAUGUGCCCGCGGUGCUGGCGUUGGAUUGGGAAGGACAAGGUGGGGAGAAUGGGAAUGGGGGCGCGUGGUUGCUUAUGGAGUGGAUCGAGGGGUUGGUUGUGAGGGUUGUUUUUGAGAGGUGGGAGGCGUUUAUCAAGGCUUCUGGGGGUUCGUUGGGCGAGAAGGAGCUACGGAGGGAGGAGGAGAAGGUUAGGGGGUUGAUGAGGGGGAUUGGGGGUGUUGUUGGGGGGUUGCAUAAGGCUGGGGUUAUUCAUGGGGAUCUGACGACGAGUAAUUUAAUUCUGAGGACGGGAGAUGUUGAUAUCAAAGAUGGGGAGAGUCCGGCUAUGGUGGGGGAUGUGGUUUUGAUUGAUUUUGGGUUGGCAGGGCAGAGUUCUUCUGAGGAGGAUCGGGCGGUGGAUUUGUAUGUGCUUGAGAGGGCUUUUGGGAGUACGCAUCCCCAGGCGGAGAAGUUCUUUGAGGAGGUGCUGGAGGGGUAUAAGGAUAGUUAUAAGGGGGCUGCGGUUACGUUAAAGAGGUUGCAGGAUGUUAGGAUGAGAGGGCGCAAGAGGAGCAUGAUUGGGUGA